GGCCACGCCCCCGAGAUGACGGCGAAACUCGCACGUGCGCAGCCCGGGGGCGGGGUUGGCCGCGCCAGCUUGGAGAGCCAGCCCCAUCGGGGUUCCCCGCCGCCGGAAGCGGAAAUAGCACCGGGCGCCGCCACAGUAGCUGUAACUGCCACCGCGAUGCCGAAGGCGCCCAAGCAGCAGCCGCCGGAGCCCGAGUGGAUCGGGGACGGAGAGAGCACGAGCCCAUCAGACAAAGUGGUGAAGAAAGGGAAGAAGGACAAGAAGAUCAAAAAAACGUUCUUUGAAGAGCUGGCAGUAGAAGAUAAACAGGCUGGGGAAGAAGAGAAAGUGCUCAAGGAGAAGGAGCAGCAGCAACAGCAACAGCAGGUACAACAGCAAAAAAAAAAGCGAGAUACCCGAAAAGGCAGGCGGAAGAAGGAUGUGGAUGAUGAUGGAGAAGAGAAAGAGCUCAUGGAGCGUCUUAAGAAGCUCUCAGUGCCAGCCAGUGAUGAGGAGGAUGAAGUACCCGCCCCAAAACCCCGCGGAGGGAAGAAAACCAAGGGUGGUAAUGUUUUUGCAGCCCUGAUUCAGGAUCAGAGUGAGGAAGAGGAGGAGGAAGAAAAACAUCCUCCUAAGCCUGCCAAGCCAGAGAAGAAUCGGAUCAAUAAGGCCGUAUCUGAGGAACAGCAGCCUGCACUCAAGGGCAAAAAGGGAAAGGAAGAGAAGUCAAAAGGGAAGGCUAAGCCUCAAAAUAAAUUCGCUGCUCUGGACAAUGAAGAGGAGGAUAAAGAAGAAGAAAUAAUAAAGGAAAAGGAGCCUCCCAAACAAGGGAAGGAGAAGGCCAAGAAGGCAGAGCAGGGUUCAGAGGAAGAAGGAGAAGGGGAAGAAGAGGAGGAGGAAGGAGGAGAGUCUAAGGCAGAUGAUCCCUAUGCUCACCUUAGCAAAAAGGAGAAGAAAAAGCUGAAAAAACAGAUGGAGUAUGAGCGCCAAGUGGCUUCAUUAAAAGCAGCCAAUGCAGCUGAAAAUGACUUCUCCGUGUCCCAGGCGGAGAUGUCCUCCCGCCAAGCCAUGUUAGAAAAUGCAUCUGACAUCAAGCUGGAGAAGUUCAGCAUCUCCGCUCAUGGCAAGGAGCUGUUCGUCAAUGCAGACCUGUACAUUGUAGCCAGCCGCCGCUACGGGCUGGUAGGACCCAAUGGCAAGGGCAAGACCACACUCCUCAAGCACAUUGCCAACCGAGCCCUGAGCAUCCCUCCCAACAUCGAUGUGUUGCUGUGUGAGCAGGAGGUGGUAGCAGAUGAGACACCAGCAGUCCAGGCUGUUCUUCGAGCUGACACCAAGCGAUUGAAGCUGCUGGAAGAGGAGCGGCGGCUUCAGGGACAGCUGGAACAAGGGGAUGACACAGCUGCCGAGAGGCUAGAGAAGGUGUAUGAGGAAUUGCGGGCCACUGGGGCGGCAGCUGCAGAGGCCAAAGCACGGCGGAUCCUGGCUGGCCUGGGCUUUGACCCUGAAAUGCAGAAUCGACCCACACAGAAGUUCUCAGGGGGCUGGCGCAUGCGUGUCUCCCUGGCCAGGGCACUGUUCAUGGAGCCCACACUGCUGAUGCUGGAUGAGCCCACCAACCACCUGGACCUCAACGCUGUCAUCUGGCUUAAUAACUACCUCCAGGGCUGGCGGAAGACCUUGCUGAUCGUCUCCCAUGACCAGGGCUUCUUGGAUGAUGUCUGCACUGAUAUCAUCCACCUCGAUGCCCAGCGGCUCCACUACUAUAGGGGCAAUUACAUGACCUUCAAAAAGAUGUACCAGCAGAAGCAGAAAGAACUGCUGAAACAGUAUGAGAAGCAAGAGAAAAAGCUGAAGGAGCUGAAGGCAGGCGGGAAGUCCACCAAGCAGGCGGAAAAACAAACGAAGGAAGCCCUGACUCGGAAGCAGCAGAAAUGCCGACGGAAAAACCAAGAUGAGGAAUCCCAGGAGGCCCCUGAGCUCCUGAAGCGCCCUAAGGAGUACACUGUGCGCUUCACUUUUCCAGACCCCCCACCACUCAGCCCUCCGGUGCUGGGUCUGCAUGGUGUGACAUUCGGCUACGAGGGACAGAAACCACUCUUUAAGAACUUGGAUUUUGGCAUCGACAUGGAUUCAAGGAUUUGCAUUGUGGGCCCUAAUGGUGUGGGGAAGAGUACGCUACUCCUGCUGCUGACUGGCAAGCUGACACCGACCCAUGGGGAAAUGAGAAAGAACCACCGGCUGAAAAUUGGCUUCUUCAACCAGCAGUAUGCAGAGCAGCUGCGCAUGGAGGAGACGCCCACUGAGUACCUGCAGCGGGGCUUCAACCUGCCCUACCAGGAUGCCCGCAAGUGCCUGGGCCGCUUCGGCCUGGAGAGUCACGCCCACACCAUCCAGAUCUGCAAACUCUCUGGUGGUCAGAAGGCGCGAGUUGUGUUUGCUGAGCUGGCCUGUCGGGAACCUGAUGUCCUCAUCUUGGACGAGCCAACCAAUAACCUGGACAUAGAGUCUAUUGAUGCUCUAGGGGAGGCCAUCAAUGAAUACAAGGGUGCUGUGAUCGUUGUCAGCCAUGAUGCCCGACUCAUCACAGAAACCAAUUGCCAGCUGUGGGUGGUGGAGGAGCAGAGUGUUAGCCAAAUCGAUGGUGACUUUGAAGACUACAAGCGGGAGGUGUUGGAGGCCCUGGGUGAAGUCAUGGUCAGCCGACCCCGAGAGUGAGCUUUCCUUCCCAGAAGUCUCCCAAGAGACAUACUUGUGUGGCCUAGAAGUCCUCUGUGGUCUCCCCUCCUCUGAAGACUGCCUCUGGCCUGCAGCUGACCUGGCAACCAUUCAGGCACAUGAAGGUGGAGUGUGACCUUGAUGUGACCGGGAUCCCACUCUGAUUGCAUCCAUUUCUCUGAAAGACUUGUUUGUUCUGCUUCUCUUCAUAUAACUGAGCUGGCCUUAUCCUUGGCAUCCCCCUAAACAAACAAGAGGUGACCACCUUAUUGUGAGGUUCCAUCCAGCCAAGUUUAUGUGGCCUAUUGUCUCAGGACUCUCAUCACUCAGAAGCCUGCCUCUGAUUUACCCUACAGCUUCAGGCCCAGCUGCCCCCCAGUCUUUGGGUGGUGCUGUUCUUUUCUGGUGGAUUUAAUGCUGACUCACUGGUACAAACAGCUGUUGAAGCUCAGAGCUGGAGGUGAGCUUCUGAGGCCUUUGCCAUUAUCCAGCCCAAGAUUUGGUGCCUGCAGCCUCUUGUCUGGUUGAGGACUUGGGGCAGGAAAGGAAUGCUGCUGAACUUGAAUUUCCCUUUACAAGGGGAAGAAAUAAAGGAAAGGAGUUGCUGCCGA